CGCCACGUUACACGGCCGCUCUCUGCUUCUUCGUCUUCUUCUUCGCCGUUGUCUCUGAUUCACCUGAGCGAGAGAGAGAGAAUGACGCCCGAGAGUCUUAUCGCAUCGGCUUCGAUCAACAUAGCGCUCGCCUUCAUGAUCCUAUGGCUCUUUUCCAUCCUCAAGAAGCAGCCUCGCAACUCCGUCAUCUACUUCGCUCGCCGCCUCUCCGACCACCGGACUCCUCCGCCGGAAUUCCACGCCUCUCUCUCCCUCUUUCGCUUCCUCCCCUCCGUUGAGUGGAUUCCACGCGCCUUCCGCGUUCAUGAGGACGAGAUCCUCCGUCGCCAUGGCCUCGAUGCCCUAGUCGUCAUCAGGCUCUUCAAGUUCGGCAUCAGAUUCUUCCUCUUGUGCUCUUUCCUUGGAGUAUCACUACUUCUUCCGGUUGAUUAUUACAAUGAAUCAGAUGUAUCGACGAGGAGCUACUAUUCUAUGGAUUCGUUUACUAUAUCGAAUGUCAGGCGCGGUUCUAACAAAUUGUGGGUGCAUUUCUCGUGCUUGUGGCUGAUAUCGUUCUAUGCAUUGUACUUGCUGUACAAGGAGUAUAAGGAUAUUCUUUUGAAAAGGCUUCAACAGAUGCGGGAGCUUAGGCAUCGUGCUGACCAUUUCACCGUUCUUGUCCGGCAAAUUCCCCUGUGCAAUGAACACAAGACUCGUGGGUGCGGUGUUGAUCACUUCUUCUCUAAACAUCAUCCUUUCAGUUAUCAUUCGUAUCAAAUGUUAUAUAACGGGAAAGAUCUUGAAUAUCUUUUGGGAAAGGAAAAGAAGCUUAAGAAACAGAUUGAAGACAUGAGGCAGAAGGAUGGAAACUUUUCACGUGCGGCACACAAUCAGAAGCAAGUAUCCAUCUAUGAUGAAAAGCUUCGGGAAAUUUCCCACAAGAUUUGCCACCUACAAAGCGAAAUUAUGCUCAAAGAGAAGGAAUUACCAGUCGCAUUUGUCUCUUUCAAAUCUCGGAGGGGUGCUGCACUUGCUGCCCAAACACAGCAGCACUCAAAUCCACUAGAACUGAUCACUGAAAUGGCUCCUGAACCCAGUGAUGUAUCGUGGAGAAAUCUGGCUAUUCCACAAAAGAUCUUACCUCUGAACAAAGUUGGAGUCGUCCUUGCAGCAGCACUUCUUAUAAUUUUCUUUGCCAUUCCAGUCACAGCUGUCCAGGGAAUCGCAAAGUAUGAGAAGCUUAAGAAAUGGUUUCCCCCAGCCAUGGCUAUUGAAUUCAUACCAGGGCUCAGCUCAAUCGUGACAGGUUACCUCCCAAGCGCUAUAUUAAAAGGUUUCAUGUAUAUCGUUCCUUAUGCUAUGCUUGGGAUGGCCUACAUUGGUGGUUCUAUUUCAAAGAGCAGAGAAGAGAUAAAGGCUUGCAAUAUGGUAUUCUAUUUCCUUAUGGGAAAUGUUUUCUUCUUGAGUCUCAUCUCUGGUUCAUUACUCGAUGAAAUUGGGGAAUCUCUCUCUCAUCCUCGGGACAUUCCUAGUCAUCUCGCUGCCGCUGUUUCAGCUCAGGCAGAUUUUUUCAUGACAUACAUAUUGACUGAUGGGCUGUCCGGGUUUUCUUUGGAGACUCUUCAGUUCGGGUUGUUAACAUGGGAUUUUAUAAGAUCCAACACAUAUGCAAGGGGAAAGGAGAGAACCCCUUAUCUCUUUUCCUUCCCAUAUUUCCGGGUCAUUCCCACAGUUGCCUUUUCGAUACUGAUCGGUAUGGUAUAUGCAGUGGUUGCCCCGUUGUUACUUCCGUUCUUGGUUGGCUACUUCUACCUCGGAUAUAUCGUCUACAUCAACCAGAUGGAAGAUGUGUACGCUAUCACUUAUGACACUUGCGGUCGGUUCUGGCCAUUUAUCCAUCACUCUAUCUUCGUCUCUAUCAUUCUUAUGCAAGUCACUAUGGUCGGUCUGUUUGGGCUGAAGUCGAAGCCAUCUGCAUCAAUUGCUACUAUACCACUCAUUUUAAUCACAAUAGGGUUCAAUGAGUACUGCAAGAUCCGUUUUCUCCCAUCGUUUAAGCAUUUCCCGAUACAGACCGCGGUUGAAAUCGACGAGCUGGACGAGGAGAAUGGUGCGAUGGAAGUGCAUUACCUCGAUGCAGCCAACGCAUACAACCGGCUCCAACCUUGCUUGGAGCGUACAGCUUCAAUGGCUUCUCCUGCGAGUUUUAGCCAACCCUUACUAGUAGGUACAGACUCCAUCUGAGAGCAAAAGCCGAGUUCUUUCUUUUAAAUCUUAAUCUCUGAAUAUAGUUUGAUUUUGCUUAGAAUUCUGAACUUAUAAUCAGGAUGUGGAAUUUUGAAGCUUGUCCUCAUCUUGUUUACUUGAACAAUGUAAAAGGUUCGAUAAUAUGCAAUUAUACAAUCGUUUUAUUGCUUU